GGCUGAACUUCUCCACUGGGCACGGGCGGUCCUUCCUCGCCCGUGUGUGGUGCGUCUGCUUUGGCUCAGAUCGGCUCUGCAUCGCCAAGUCAGCACCACCAAUCACUCACUUCACCAUUCCGUCCGCACUCUCGGGGAGGAGAUGGCCCAUUAUAGCCGCUUUUGCCGUCCCAACAGCAGCUCGGGCUUUCCAAUGUCGGCUGUUUCUCGCCGCGUCUGGGCCGUUGUGGGUUCUGCCUCCUUUUUCAACAUCUCGGAUCGCGCCCCUGUCGCCAGCGCCCGCCGCGGACUAUAGAACGACCCUGUGCCAUGAGAGAGGCACAUGUGCGCAUGUGCCCCAUCGAGCUCGGCCUUCGAGAUCUCCCCGGCAAGCUGCGCCUCGAAAGCAGCCUGACCCUGGCGCUGCCCGAUAGCUGGGACCAAGAGGCAACCGCAGACAACCUCGCCGUGGCAGCCAUCGCGGGUAACCUGUGGGUGGAGCGGGCAAGCCCCUGCCGCCUCGGCGUCGAGGUCGCGAUGAGCGGCGGCGCUCUGGCAGAGGAGGCGAGAUCCGAGGGGCGGAUUGUCGAAGCCAUCAGACGUUGCUCCGCCUGGGAUUUGCUUGGCAUCCAACUCAGCCGGAGCCAGAGGCCGCCCCAAGACGCCGACGGAGAUUCGCAAGCCCCUGGAGCUCUCUUUUACAUCAAGCACAAGUCAAAAGCCUCCGGGCACCUGCCGUGCAACUACGCGGCACGAGCUCAGCUUCGACAGCUCGAGUGCAGGUUCAGCUUCGACUUUGCCGUCCCCGAGACACCCAAACCCAGACGGACAGUUCCGGCACCGCCCCCUCGGCCGAAGAAACGCCCCAGCGACGCUCGAAUCACUCGCUCCAUGACGAGAGAAAUGGAAGAGGGGGGAGUAGGUGACGGUCUGCCACCUCGUCAACCAGAGCUUCCGAUUGCCGUAAUCGAGCGAAGUGUGAGGAUUCUCACUAGGGCAUCGCUCUAUACACUGCUUGGGAUCAAGAAACGAACCCCGCGGGCCAUAAUGCUGCGACCUUUCCAGUCCUCGACUUUGCUCAGUAUCGCGCCUGCGGUGUGGAAUAUGGGGUAUCUCCAGUCCAUCAUCGAACACGCCCCUUCCCUCCAAAGAAUUAGCUCGGUUCUGGGGCGCCUUGCGACUAGCGCCCAAUCGCCGAGUCUGGCACACAGGAUUGAACAGCUUGGCGAGCCGAACUGGCAGGGAAAGGGACAAGAUGGUGGACCUGACCUUCGGCUCGUGACCUCACCAGACACUAGCGGGCCUGCCACAGACAUCACAGACCACAUUGGACAAAAGUUGUGGCCCAUUCUUCAAAGCAGCAUUUCAUUCACGAAACUACCUCGAUCACGGGCCUUCUCUGACACGAUCACGCCUGAGCAUGAAGACGCAAGCCCUAGACGCUUCGAUGAAGGGAAUAUCAGCGAAGCAUCGGUCGAUGACUACCAAGAAAGAAGGGUAGGUGUUGAUGGUCAUGAGAUAUACCACGACUGGCGGGAUGGUGAGGAGCCUAGUCAAAACGACGGAAUCGAUGAGUAUGAGCCACAUCGGUGUCCCGGGGGUUCUAUAGAUGACGAUAGCUCCAUGUGGGAGCCAGGGGGUUACCCAUACUAUCACGAACAGAGCCCAGAGCGCUUCAGUGUAAGUUGCUCACCAAUUUUCCAGCUUUCAGUGCGACUGUGCUGAGCGAUAUAAACACAGCAGAUUAAUUGGAUUCAGGCUGAGGGCGUUGAAGAAGACAGCUGGGCUGGUGAGUUUAGUGACAUCACCUCACAGCCCGCCAGUUGGCUUACAGGGCCGCCAGCAGUUGGUCGCUUCCUCGGGAGUGAAGAAUAGCAGGCAGCGAGGGGGGCGAAGCGGUGGACGUUGUAGUGGUGCUCUAUUGGUCUGGCAAAGAGCCCCGAGGUAUGCCGGCUCUCGACUUGGCUAUCAUGUUGCUUGAAGCUCCCAAAUAUGCGGCUUCUUGGACAUUUGGCUAGAUAUGUUGCUGGAUAUAUUCACAGCUAAGCUCCCGGUGAAACGCCUGGAUACAAUACCGCGCUCAUUGAGCAUCGUCAUUACGGACACACGGUGUAGUUGGUUAUGCGCAUGGGCUAGGGCCGGUAUUGGGAAAGGAUGUAGAUCUCAAUUGACUAACGGCAGCUUGCGCCGUUCACUGCUCGACGCGAUGACGCUGUAAAUGAAGAAAGCAAGAAACAAAACCACGGAUACGGGCUGUGCCCCAUAGGCAAGGUGUUUAGAUGACGCAUUUGAACCGAAAACAAGAUGAAUAAAUAC